AUGCAGUCAAUAGACGAGACAGGCAAACCGCGGUAUCGCGCCGCCUGCGACGCGUGUCGUCAAUCCAAGGUCCGCUGUUCAGGUGGCGGUGUUUGCGUUCGUUGCAAGAAGCAUGACUACAAAUGUCGAUACAGCAUUGCUCAUCGAGCAGGUAAGCCAAAGGGUAGCAAGAACAAGGCUACAUUGAAGAAACUGGAGACUCUUCAGGCGGCUCAACAAGGGAAGCUUGCAUUGGGGGGAACAGGCGCGUCUACAAGGAAAAUUUUGAGGCCUUUGACGGAUGCUGAGAUUUCUCAGAGGAAGCGGAGAAAGAGUAUCUCAACACACGAUAUCAGAGCAAGAUACAAUUUCAUUCAUCCUGCACAGCUGCACAUGAGAAACGCUUCUCAUCCAAUGGCUCGCAAAUAUGCCUUUGCCAGUCCCAUGUUCCCCGUGUAUACAUCACCUACAUCUCCUGCAGAGCCACGCGUGUGUGAAAUUGGGUUGCCAUUGACAGACAUGGUGUUCUACGGUCAUCUCGAGACUACGUACGCACAUGUUGCCUCACCUGCCAUGGUGCCAUAUUUACCUUCACCAAGUGAAGAGCCGUGUACGGGGUUCGGCCUACAGUCGAAUUCGUCAACAGUAGCCGGUCCGUGUAACUGCGUCGAUAGACUGGAGGCGAGCCAACGACAGCUAUCUACUCUCGAGUCUGACCUUACCCUGUGGCGUUUCGACCCAACGAUGGAACUCGUCACGGCCUGUCUGUCAUCGUGCCAUAUCUUCCUCAGCUGUGUCGUGUGCCCAAAGAUUAGUGGUGGAAGCUCAUGGCUCCUCAUUUCCGUACUUGAUCGGAGUUUUGACAUUCUCAAUCAUCUUGUCCUCUAUCGAGCCAAUAGGAAUGAUCACGGGUUUGGGUCUGGGCACCAGCAACAACAGUACCAUGCCAUGCCAUACAACUAUGCACUUGCACUUCAAGAUUGCAUACUCGAGCAGAGCAUUACGACGUCACACCAGAUUGUUCGUGCGUUGAGGGACGCAAUUGACACCGAACUUGGGAUCAGUGGCGGCGUCCUCGGAAACAUCAGCAUGCACAACCAUGGUUUGUCGUCGUCAUCAUCCUCAUCCUCAUCAUCCGGAUACCCGUCGCCAGCCUCAAUGGAGACACCAGCACGGGACUUCAUGGUCAAACACGAGCAGCUACACACCACCGAAUGCUCGGCCCUCAAGAAAGGCAAGGCGAAAUCCAACAAUGCUCUAUCUUCGAAUAAGAUCAACUUCCUGCUUCAGGCCAUCCAUCGCUACAAUAUUUUGAUUGGCAAUCUGCAAGCAGUCGUCGCCCACAACACUGCCGCCGCCACUGCACAGGCACACCACCCAGCUUCCUGGCCCAUUGGCAUGUCUGACACAGCAACGAAUCAGUGCGGAGGAGGCGUGACAUCGUACCAACCGGCAACGACAAUGGAGGGGUUUCCACAACAGCCGCACCCGGAGCAUACACCAAGGUUCGCCUCGUACGACGUGAUUGGACUUCCUUGA